AUGAUGAAAGCUUUAUUAUUAGCCGCUUUAUUUAUUUCUGCUUGCUAUGCAGGUGAUUAUUAUUGCACAGAUUUUUACUAAGGAGUUGAUGGUAAUUAACCAUUUGCUACUGGCUUUACAGAUACUAACUAUUAUGAUGAUACUGGAGAGUUUUAUGCAGAUGAAGAAUUUAAGUCUAACAUUACUGAAUUUACAAAUGGUACUUAUGUUUCUCAAGGAACUUAUUAGUAAAAAGUACAAGUUACAGUUUACAAUUAAUAUUUUCCAGGAUGCUAUCGCUAAGCUUACGAUAAUCGAACUGUCAAAAGUUAUAACUUUACUAGAGAAGGUUACAGAAGCCCUUCUUAAUUUGGAUAAAACUUUACUAGUGAAUAAGUUUCUCCAUUUUAUAAUGCUACUUUGAGAGAAAUAUUAUUAGAGUUUGCAAAAACAUAUUCUGAAAAACCCUAAGCUGAACCUUAUAUUACAUAAACUCUGGAGAAGUUUGCUCAAAAAGUCUAAGUAAAUAAUAUUGAAUAAAAUUGA